AUGAUGCACAUGGGAGCCGAUCGGGUCAAGGAGGCUAAAGCUCAAACCUUGAGAAGUGACUUCGAGGUGAUCCAGAUGAAAGACAGUGAAUCGGUAGAUGAUUUUUCCAUGAGAUUGAAUACUAUCGUAACCGGUAUUCGAUCUCUAGGUGAAAAGAUUGAAGAAAUUACGGUUGUGAAGAAGUUUCUGCGAGCCGUAUCGAUACGAUUUAUACAAAUCGUAACAUCGAUCGAGCAAUUCGGAGAUUUGAAGAAUAUGACGGUGGAAGAAGUUGUGGGUCGUCUAAAGACCCAUGAAGAGAGACUUCGAAGCUAUGGAGAAAAAGAAGGAGGGCCUUCUCUAUUGCUUACACAUGCCGAGUGGGCAUCUCGUUCGAAGCAAACUGGCGAGAGAAACUCGUCAAACACUUCAAGAGGACGAGGAGGACAUGGUAACCAAGGCCGGGGACGAGGCCGAGGUCGUGGACGUGGCCAAGGAGGUGGUCGUGAGUACAAUACAAAUCAGAAUGACCAUAAUCCUUCUCGAAAGGAUAAAAGUAAAAUCAAAUGCUUUACUUGUGAACAAUUUGGUCAUUAUGCUUUGGAGUGUCCAAACAAGAAUCGAGGUGAGGAGGCGAACCUCACUCAAGCCAACGAAGAAGAUCCUAUUUUGAUGAUGGCAGCCAUACAAGAAUAUACACACAAAAAGGUGUCUCUAAGAUAG